AUGGAAAAAACUGUUCACUAUCCUGUUCCAAAAAUUGUGCUGACGCAUUUUGUGAUCCAUUCAGUGGCCAUUGUUCUGUUAGUAGGAAAUGUAUGUUUACAAGGCCAAUAUGGGGAAAACUGUUCACUAUCCUGUUCCAAAAAUUGUGCUGACGCAUCUUGUGAUCCAUUCAGUGGCCAUUGUUCUUCAUGUAGAGAUGGUUGGAAAGGAGCAUUUUGCAACACAACAUGCUCAAAAGGUAAAUUUGGUUGUAAUUGUAUGAGAAACUGUUCAAAGACCUGUACUAAUGCAACUUGUGAAGCUAGUGUUCCACUGGGUUUUACGGGACUAAUUGUUCACAAUCAUGUUCAAAAAGUUGUAAGGGGGGUAAAUGUCAUCAUGUCAGUGGCAAAUGUGACAGCUGUAAAAAUGGAUGGUUUGGAAACAAUUGUAAUAGAGAAUGUCCAAGAAGAAAAUAUGGAUAUAAAUGUAUUAAACACUGUCCGGACACAUGUACUUAUUCAACUUGUAAUGCUACAAAUGGAGUUUGUCACAGUUGUAAACCAGGAUAUAAGGGAGACUACUGUCAAGACAGACUUUAUCCCGACUCAGAAACUGGAAAUGAACAUUUCCUACCACAUGAUAAUUACCCAUCGGUUAAGGCAACGGGAUCCCAUCGGUAACAGUACCAUUAACGGUCAGAGUAAAAGUAAACGUAACUGUAAUAGCUACCGUAACCAUAAUGAUACUAGUAAUGAUACAGAAUGCAGUCCAGGAUCUUAUGGAGACAACUGUGAUUUCAAAUGCUCUGAGAAUUGUGCACUUUCACUGUGUAAUGAGCAAAAUGGAUACUGCUACAGUUGUGUUCCAGGUUCUAAAGGAGAUUUCUGCAAUAAAACAUGUGACAACGGAUGGUUUGGAUACAACUGUUCACUGCGAUGCCCAGACAACUGUAGAAACAAGCAAUGUGAUCCAAUCAAUGGGUUAUGUAAGAACUGUAAAGAAGGUUAUUUUGGAGACAGAUGUGACAAAGUUUGUUCCCGUGGAUAUUAUGGAGAAAACUGUUCCAUGCAAUGUUCUAAAAACUGCGACCACAACUCAUGUGAUCCUGCAAGUGGUCAAUGUAUCAGAUGCAAAGAUGGAUAUUUAGGACAUUUUUGUGACAAAGAAUGUCAACAAGGCCUCUUUGGAUACAAUUGUAAGAAAAACUGCUCAUCUAAAUGCUUCAACUCUAUAUGUAAUCCAGUCAGUGGAGCUUGUGUCAGUUGUGUUAUUGGAUUCAAGGGACACUUCUGUGAAGAGGCAUGUGACAAAUGUCGGUUUGGAUACAAAUGUUCACUGUCAUGCCCAGCUAACUGUAGAAACAAUGAAUGUGAUCCAAUCAAUGGGUUAUGUCAUGGUUGUAGCAUUGGCUACAUGGGAGACACAUGUGAUAAAGAUUUUGUUCCAGUGGAUUGUAUGGACAAAAUUGUUCUCGACACUGCUCAGAGAAAUGUGAUCAACAAGUAUGUGAUCCCUUCAGUGGUCACUGUAUCAAGUGCAAUGUUGGACUUCUUGGACCAUUUUGUGUUAAAG